AGGUUGUGGCGGUUGCAACUCUUUCUUUGCUACAAGUUUGUUCGUACUGGAGCAUUCCCGAUUUAUCACAUAUUUUGAGUAUCAGUUUUCACUCCUCCCAAUGCCGGUUGGCAAGUUCUUGUCGGAAGAAUUAACUCGUUUAGAGCAAUGUGAUGUCAAGUUUGCGGACGGCAUGAUACGCUACAGCGAUCUGAAAGCUCACUUACGUCAAUUGUUGGAAAAUCAUACAAAUGACGUAAUCGAGCGUUCGGAAACCUAUUGCGAGGCGGAGUGUCCUGUUUGCCUCGAUGUAUUGGGGAAAUCAACCAGCGUGACAAUGACAUCAUGCGGCCAUUCGUAUCAUACGAUCUGUUUGAUAUCCAGCCUGGGGGACGGCUUGUGUACAUCCUGCCCUCUUUGUAGGACUAGUCUGAGCAAACUAGUUCCUACCGGGUUUGAUGGGGUCUGCUUCAAGCUGAUCUGCAAGAUUCGUAUCAACGUCGACACAGCACAAGCAUGCCAUAGAUCGGUGCUUGAAGAUAUUAAGCGAAGGAAGCGAGAGUGCGAGAAAGAUGCCGAGAAGUUGUGGUCGUUUCAGAUAGGAAGGAAGAAGGGCAUACUGAAGACCAUGAGCUCCUUGUUGAGAUGCAUCGAGGCACUGGAGCGAUUCAGCAAAGCGACUGCAACGGGUAUUUGCAAAAUCAGCAGCAAGAUCGCCAAGACCCUUGAUCCAGAGCUCGGUGCUCGUCUGAAGGAAGAAUACGUUACUCGCAUGCUCUACUACCAGGAUUGUGCAGAGGACGGAAACAAGACGACAGCAAAUCUCAAGGCAGAGAUUAUUGAAUACAUGGAAAAUUUCUCUGCUGGGAGGCACAUCAGGAGCAAUUCUUCUUCAAGCACGGGAUUUCGUUGUCUCAUCCCGCAGAUUGACGACAUGCAAUACGUAGCAGAGACAGAGGUGAAUUGACACAGCCGGAAUUCUGUAUUCUCCUUCAUUGAUUCUUCUCAUCUUUGCCUGUUUGUUUUUGAUCCUUCGUUAAAUCCCAAGGCAUGAUCUUGGGAAACCACCCGGUGACCGUGAAAUGAGUCACGACUCAGUUUUUCUCAAAGCCUCCAAGAAAUGAAAAAAGUCAAAUUCGC